AUGGGGUGGGGUGGAAAGGGGUUGGACGGGCUAGGGUGGGCUGGGAAAGGGGCUGAAUGGGGCUGGGGUGGGGUGGGGAGGGGGCUGAAUGGGGCUGGGAUGAGGUGGGGUGAAGAGGGGUUGGGGGUUGACCCCGCUGAAAGACCUCCGAUUUUGAGUUAUCCUCCGAACAUUCGUGAUGAGAUAAGAAGGGCAUACAUUCUAAAACGUCCUUGCCAGCCUCGAGAUCAUGAGUUUCCUCAAACAGACUUUUCUGGAACUCCACGUCGUUUUGUUUCUAAAUGGUUUGAUGAAUAUUCUAAUUUGUUGGAAUAUAGUAUAAGUGUAGAUGCAGCUUAUUGUUUGCCUUGUUAUUUAUUUCAAGGAGAAAGCAUUCAUCAAGGUGGUGGUAAUACAUUUUCGACGAAGGAAUUUAGAAAUUGGUACAGAAAAGAUAGCUUUGCAACACAUAUUGGUCCUCUGAAUAGCAUUCAUGAUCAAUCAAAAAGGAAGUGUGAAGAUUUUAUGAGGGAAGAACAAUCUAUUGAGGCUGCAUUUUACAAGUUGGACGAGGAAAGUAAGAAUGAAUAUCGAGUUAGAAGGGAAUUUGUGAUUGAAGCAUUUAUUGGACUUGUUCAUAUUAAAGAUACUAGUGCUUUAUCUCUAAAGAAAGUAAUUGUGGAUGUACUUGCUCACCAUUCUAUAACUUUAGCUUAUGUACGAGGGCAAUGUUAUGAUGGGGCAAGCAAUAUGCAAUGUGAGUUAGGUGGUCUUAAAACAUUAAUUAGACAAGAAAGUAGAUCGGCUCACUCGGUUCAAUGUUUUGCUCAUCAACUUCAAUUGACUCUUGUUGCGGUUUCUAAAAGGUGUGUUCAAGUAGGAGAACUUGUACUAUUGACUUCAAAUAUUUUGAAUGUGUUGGGGGCUUUCUGUAAACGUGCAGAUGAAUUUCGAGAAUCUCAAAAAGAAAAACUCCAAGAGGCAUUAGAUAUGGCCGGUGACACUCGUUGGGGAUCUCACUACAAGUCGUUUGGAAACUUUAUUCAUAACUUUGUCUCCAUUGUUGAUGUACUUGAUUCUCUUGUUGAAAAUGCAAGUACUUCAGAAGAAAAAGCUAGCGCAUCGGGAUUUCUCAGAAGUUGUCAAACUUUUGAGGCUAUUUUCUUGUUGCAUUUGAUGACUGAUGUUUUAGGAAUCACAAAUGAUCUUAAUGUGUCAUUACAGAAAAAGAAACAGGAUAUUGCUAAUGCCAUGAUUCUCGUAAAAAUAGCAAAUACAAGAUUGUAA